CCGCAAUGCCCGCUUAGUUUCUCAGCAACCUGCGACUUUAAGGUUGGACUAUAGUACACUCUUGAAGACUGAAACGCCUUGAAGGGGCUAUACAGGCACACGAAAGAGCUAAGGAAAAUGCCCACUUUGCAAAUUGUUACAAAUGUGCCUGGAGAUCGCGUGACAUGCUCUGAUGUGCUGAAGGCGCUUAGUAAAGCUGUAGCCAAUAGUGUUGGCAAGCCAGAGCAGUGGGUGAUGUGUAGUCUGACCACGGACAAGCCCAUGUGCAUGGCGGGGACGGAGGAGCCUUGCGCCUUUGGUUACCUCAUGUCUAUCGGGUCCAUUGGAGGGGACAAAAACAAACUGAUCUCCGCCGCCAUAUGCGAGGUGCUGUCCUCCCAGCUUGGAGUCCCGCCGGAGCGAACCUACAUUCAGUUCUGUGACGCUGCAGCCUCGGAUGUGGGCUGGAACAGCGAUACCUUUGCGUGAUCUGCAUGAUGACCCCCAUGGCGGCCAUGGCUCAACCGCCGACGCGGGACGGGCAGCAGUACAGGAAAGCAUGUAGCUGGAUGCAGCUGGUCUGAAUGCCUGAGAACGCAGGGUCGGCAUCUUGUUAUGCAACUGAAUGCAAGGCUGUCUACUUACUUCUGUAUGCGUUCGUACUCGUACUUAUAAUGAUGUCCAUUCAAGAACUGCUGGAUGGGAAGAGAUUAUGAAAAAGGCAACCCAUUAAUGCAUGCAUGCUUACACGGUUUCCGCGCGUCCAGGACAAACCGCCCAGAAUUGAGGUUGUCCUCUUCCUUCUCUCCCACAUGUCUCAUCACAGUUGCCAGAUGUGCGUACAGCAACAUGAGUAUGACGCGCGUCCCGUUUUUCUGAUGACAACUCUUGACAUGUCAAUCCAUCCUGAGGCAUGUCGGCAUCCUGCUGCCCAUGUCAGCAGUAUGACACGGCAAGUAAUGUCCGUACGUCGUAUAGGCGCGUCUAGGUACCGCACUACAUAUGCACACAUGACUAAUGUCCACUUCUUGUAGUGCAAACAAGGUAUGCCGUACUAGACAAACAGCAGACAGAGCGCAGUGACUGUGUUACCCAAGGACUGGUAUCACAACACUGCAAGGCACGGACGUCUAAUCCUUUUCAAUCCAACCACACUACCAGGCACUAUUAUGGCAACAUCCUCGUCAACCGCUUCAUUUAUCCCCAAACCCCAAAGGGUUUCUUGAGCUUUCUCAACCCUCAAAAACUCCCGAACCGCAGGCCCUAUACCCCAACAACACAGUAACUCCGAAUGCAAGAUGCUGGACAGAUUUAAAGAUAAAAUUUCAAUCACAGCGACAGUGUAGUAAACUUCGUAACCACAUACAGUGUUGUGUGUUUUCCUAACCCGCUAGUGUUGUACGGCACGGCACGGCCCUGCUAGCAACAGCUGCCUUAGGCGCCCUGCUUUUGGAAGGCCCCCUACUACAUCAAGCAGAACCAGCAUUGCAGGAAAACCAACUCUAUUUCAUCCCAUCCACAUUACAACACGUGAGUAUAACGUUAAGUUGGCUCGUCAAGUUGUCACUCAAAACAUGUCAGCCUAAGCGCUCAUGCCAGGCCCUCUGACACAUACCUGGCCCCCAACGAAAGCGCAGAGAACUUCACGGCAUGGUUUAGGAGCCCUCCAUCCAAUCACAUGCAAAACAAGUUGUGCCUGUGCCCAUGCUUGCCUCCCACCUUCGAACCAAACCAAGCCUUUUGGACCCCUCUCCUCCUCGGCUUUCCUUUCGCUCUGUGUGAUCCUCAUCUUGCUCCCAUUUGCAAGCAACAUGCCGCCGCAGCUCGUGCCUUGCAUCGAUCCGCAUCCCUCGCAGAAGCAACAGCAACAGCAGCAGCGAACUCGCAUGCGUCAGAAGUAAGCGUUUCGGAUUGAAUUCAAACGUAACUGUAAGUCGAACGUGACACGACGUGACACACGGGAGAACCGGGACGGCAGCAGCACAUUGCAACAGCAUGACACCGGCAUUUUA